GCAGACAGAGCCCUCUACGUUCAUUGGGUCAGGAAUAUCAACAUUGCGCAAUAUUGUGAGACUAAAGGCAGCGGCCGUCAGAAUUUUCUGCCAAAAAAGUCAAAGCCAAAGGCUAAGAUUUGGCGUUUUGACGGUGUUUUAUCGGACAUGCUGGAAGGACCUGUUUGCAGGGAGACAAUUCUUAUUUCAGUCAUCAUCCUCUCACUAUGGCAACCAAGAGCGCUUCCUGUACUCCGGAAGAACUGGAGUCUCUGUGCAGGGCUGGUGUGGGAUUCCUGUACGAACCAAGCUGUGACGUUAAUGAAGUUUAUGAUCGUGUGUUUGUUGGUGGAGAAGAAAUAGCCAGGGAUCUGAACAAGCUUGCAGACCUAGGUAUUACUCAUGUGUUGAACUGUGCUGAAGGCCCGGCGAGGAUGUUUCGGGUUGAUACAAAUCAAGCAUAUUAUGUUGAUGCAAACAUCAAAUACUGUGGUCUUCCCGUCUCUGAUGAGCCCAGGGCUAACCUAAAACAGCACUUUGGUACAGCCGUUCAGUUCAUUGAUGAAGUACUUGCACAACAAGAGGCCAAGGUGUUGAUUCACUGCGUUGUGGGAUUCAGUCGGUCGGCGACGGUGGCCAUCGCAUACCUUAUGAUCAGACGUGGAAUGACCGCUCAGGAAGCAACGUGGGCAGUCAGGAAAAAACGGGAGAUUGGACCCAACGAUGGUUUCUUAGUACAACUAUGUGAACUAAAUGCAGAAUUACUUCCAAACUAAACAAGGAUAGUGCUAUAUAGGAAUAGUAUAUUGACUUGAGGUUGGUGUUUCGCAAAGCUGUUCGUAAGUUACGAGCGAUUUUACAAACGACUGGUAAGCCAAGCUUGUAGUAAAGCUUUGAGCACAGGAACAGGAGCCCCUGGGGCCUGUUGCAGAAAGAGUUGCAAUCAAUCGCAACUCUAAAAAUCAUCGCAACUUGACUUUCAACCAAUCAAAAGCGCACAUUUGGGACUUGCGAUUGAACUUUUGGCUUGCGUUUAAACACAAAUCUUUCUGCAACGGGCCCCAGGGAGACUAGCUUAGCCGGGGUAAUAUAGGAGCACCUUGAGCACCGAACAAGGUGGAUAUGUGCGCUAUAUAAAUCCUAUAUGAUUAUUCUUUUUAAUAUUAAAGCGCCACAUUCUCAUUGAUGUUGAUUUGGGGUCUAAGAAAGUAUCACCAGUCGUUCGUAAAGCUGCUCGUAACUUAAUAACAGCUUUAUGAAACACCUAACCGGCGGGUGUUUCGUGCAGCUGUUUGUAAGUUAUGAAUGACUUUACAUACCUAUGGGCCCUGUGACGUAAUACUUGGCCAUUGAAUUUUAGGCUCAAUUUUAAGUUUGAUCAUGUAAAAUAAUCAAUGCAGUCAAUCGUAGACAUCAGGCGGGUGUUUCAUAAAGCUGUUCGUAAGUAAUGAACGACUGGUGAUCCUCUCUUUUGGUAAACGGUAUACACCAUUGGCGAUGGUUUAGUGUGUAAGAAAGGUUCACCAGUCAUUCUUAAAGCUGCUCUUAACUAACGAACAGCUUUAUGUGAUAGGGUGCUGGUGACUCUUGCGGUACGUGAUGUGUCUCUAUGCAGAUAGCUUUGUUCAUGUCGUUUGUAAAGUCAUGCACGAUUUUACAUACAGGUUUAUGAAACACGCACCAGGGGCUUGUUUCGUAAAGGACUUACAACUGUUGUAACUUUGCCAUUAUGGCAACUACCAUGGUAACAGGGCUCAGCAGCCAAUCAGAAUCAAGGUUUCCAUGGUAGAUGCCAUAAUGGCAAAGUUACAACUCCUUUAUGAAACACGCACCAGUGUCGUCUAUUGAAAGAGUUGGGUAAACUUGUAUUUGAUUGGCUAAGAGGCACCAUUACUGCUGUAAUUCGGUGGAUUCACAAUGCGGUGGGCCAUCUAUCGAUUGCAACAAACAGGGCCAAAGUUCGGGUGUCGACAUCGUGCAUAGGUAGCAUACGGUGCUAUUGUAUUGUGACUGUGAAGCUUCAAACACGAAAAAGAUUUGGCAAAAUUAGAGGAAGAAUUCACCGAAAACGGUCUAAACUUGGUAAACAAAUCUGUGGCAAAUUUAUCUCCCUCCUGGACACUGCUAAACAGCAUAUACAAGCCAGUUCAGAUGUGUCGGCCAUCGCAGCAUGAUGGCAUGCAUGCACUAGCAUGCAACAGAUGAUGAUAAUUCCCAUGAGGCAUUGCGAAUUUCGGCCUAUCAACCGAUAGAUGGUGAAUCCACCAAAUUAUCGGAUUGAACAGACUUAGUCGGAUCAAACGUCCUUUCAGAAAAAUGCUGCCCAGUUGUUCAUGAAACACUUUUCAGGCAAUGGGCUCAGUGGGUUGACAAAACUUGGAUUGGCAAGACUCUCUCAAUAUACGACAUUGAUUAGCAUUAUUGAAAAUGAAUAGCGCCAUCUUGUGGUGAAAUUUAGAAAAAAUGUGCUAGCAGGGGGACCACAAGUGUCUACUACAUCUAUAGGCUGCUUUAAUUAAGUAUGGACGUUCUUGGCCCCGUACCACAAAUCUUAGAAAUUAAUCAAAAGGCUGAUGUAUGGUCGAUUGCAUUUAUCAUUAUGUAUACUUAAUAGUAGAGAUCAGCUUUAAGAUUAAUCGCUUAGGUUUGUGUUGUUAAGCCAAUGAAUGCAUGAAGGUACAUUGUAAUCUCUUCAGGAGAGAAAGAUCAAUUUCCCAUAUUCACCAGAAGGUGGCGCUAUUCAUCAGUAUAAUUACAUCCUUUGAAACAAACAAGUAAUAUUAUAUUAUAUGGUACUUUACAUGUAACCUUUUACAGAUUUCAAGUCAGUGACUGCAAAUAAUGAUGGGAAACUGUAUCAGCUUAGAAUGGUCAGCUUUAAAGCAUUUUAAUAGGAAUCAGCAGCAGCUAACAAAAUCUUUUAUACUCUCUGUUUGUGUGUGAGUGACAUGUAAUCAACAUAAUUUUAGUAAUCUGAUGAUUUUUUUUUUAUGCAUCCUUUUUUGUUUGUACACUUUGAUAUGCAUGUUAUGCAUUGUACAGUCGACAGGGCCCUGGGAACGAUUUUUCACUGGGGGUGCUGAUGUAAAUUUGAAAAGCAUAAAAAUUCAAAAAAAAGUUUUUCACUUACAAAUAAAGGUCAUAUUGGGACCAAUGAAUUUGAAAAGCAUAAAAAAGGGGUUUCAUUCCCGGGGGGGGGGGGGCCACUUACAUUGACGAGUGGAUACCAUGCACGACCAAAAAAACAUGUAAAAAGGAUGUCUUUUUCAAGAUAGGGCACGUUGCGUACGUAACGUGAUAAGGGUGUCAAAAACACAAAAAUAUUGAAAAAAGGGUAUCUAUUUCGCUCUGAAAAAUAUACGUGUUUAGGGUCAAAUAUGCGGGGAUGAUAAAACAAAAUCAAAAUGUUUUAUAAAGAAUGUCCUUUUUGCCCCAACACUACGUGUUUAGAGUCCGAUUUGCACGAGGUGUGAAAGGUGGGGCCGUACUAAACCAAAAUAAUGGUGUGUAAAGGUAAAACCGACGAUCGACAGACCCGUGACAUAACAAUAAAAUAUCGUUGUACUUGUUUACGGGUUCAUUUCAAGAAAUACUUGCCAAGAGCAUCGUUUUGUUUCUAAUACUUGCUACGGGGUGCAUUUUCAGAAUAUGGAAAAUACAUCGCUGUACUUGUUCAGGGGCUCAAUUCUGGGAAUACUUGCCAAUAGUAUUUGUUUCCAAUACUUGUUAAGGGUAGGGUUUCACACGCCAAUACUUGUUAAGGGGUGCAUUUUCAGAAUAUGGAAAAUACGUGUUUAGGGUGCUUUUCAAGACCCCGUGGUCGCGCAUGGUAUCCACUCGUCAAUGGAAGUGGCCCCCGGGGGUUCAUUACAAAAUGAAGGUCAUUUUCGUUACAUGUUUCCAUUUUACACAUCUCCCGGAAUAACUGGGGGUGCUGCCUAUGGAGAAUGAUACACGCAGCACCCUCAAGGAAAUCUUUUGGGGGUGCGUCACCCCUGCUUCCCAGGGCCAUGACAUUUGACCUGCAUGGAUUUAUGCUAAAAAUGUAGCAUUGAACAUCAGACAAUGUAGUCAAAAUUGCAGCAUUGUUUUUUUUUAUUCAUAUAUUUUUCUUGCAUUGUUAAACAUGAAGAGCUGGUUAUCAAUUCUACGCCAUUUUGAGGUCCAGCUAUUAUAUUACCUUUGUUUGACUAUAGGUAGCCUACACUGCAUUCUGCGUCAUGUAAGUCAUGUAAAAAAAAAAAUACUAGCAGAGGGCUCAGGACGAUUUUACCUCGGAAAUAGCUCAAAGAGCCCUGAAAAAUACUCCAAUAUCACUGAUUUUAUGCAGUAGGCAGCCCCAAAAAAUGUAAGAAAAAUUGCCUGGUUUCAAAGUAUUUUAAUAGGUUACUUAGGUGUAACUAUAUAUUAAAAGCUGCUGGGUUGAAGAAGUAGAAUAUUUUUUUCUCCCUGUCUCUCAACCAUGCCUAAAUAGACCUGACAAUCAGAAUUGUAGCUAGGGAAUGCCCUUUUUUAAACCACAGAUUGUAGUUGUAUUUUUAAGUUUGGUCCGAGUUGAAAAGAUCUUCAGGGUCCUGUAACAGAAAGGUUUGCAAUUAAUUGUGCGCUUGAUUCUAACAAUUGAUUGUACAUUGUAGUCAAUGGAAUCAAUCGUAGAGAAAUGUUCUAUGAUCAUUGCUAAGCUUUGUGUUACGGGCCCCUUGUGUUACAAGUUGUUUUUUUAUGCUUUUUUGUUGUCUUUCAUGUGCAAAUAUAGAUUUUUAUUACCUCAAAA